GCCUGGGCAGUGGCAUCGUGGCCCGCUGGUUUCGCAAGCCUGACGAUGGGUUCCUGCGCGAACCUUUGUUUCUGGACGGGCCCGCGUUCGAGCCGACGCGCGCGGCGACCCGCCGAGCUGGAUGGGCGACCUGUCAGGUCAGCGAGACCGGCACCUUGGAGGCUGCCUGCUACGGCGCCGCGAGGGCCGACCUGCGACCGCAGCAGACGGCCAAUAAUGCCAAGGGCUUCGCUUGCUCGAUGCUGACCGAGGGCGCCAGUGCGCCAGUGGCAUUGGCCGACCUGGCGCCCACCUUUUGGAGCAGGUUCUUCGCUGUCUUCGGGCCCGAGGACUACGAGGUUCGCAAGGAGGUGCUGGUGCACUGCAAGGCUUUCGCGCUGAUCGUGGCGGAGCUGGCUCGGUGGAUAGCCCAGGUGUCCAUCCUUUUGCAACAGGGCGGCCUACGCGACGCGCAGGGCCUGCCUGGGGGGCAGGAGUGGAGGCGGCCUGUGGUGACGCACAACGACGGCCCGAGUCUCCACCCUGCUGAGGCGGCCUCGGGCUCGGCACCCAGGCGCGAGCGCCCCAUGGCGUCAGCAGCGGCGGGCCUCGGCAUUGGCGCGGGGCCGCUCGCCACGCUGGGCCACUGCGCGCGCGGCGCUUUGGCCGACGGCGCGGACGAGGGGCCCGCGGGGCGCUUGAUCAGCUGCAGCCGCUGCGGUGCCUGCGCGGACAUUGACGGGGGCAGAGGGCCCAAGCUGCGCGCAGAGUGCCUGGGUUGCCCACCCGCAGGGCCCAAGGGCAAGGGCGGUCGAG